CAGCUAUUUCCACUACUUCCGGUCUUCUUUCGGUUCGGUUUUGUGUGAUGCGAUCCUGAAACUUUGGGAUAAAGAUGCCACCUACGGUCCAGAAGCCGUCUCACGACCGAGAUCGGAAGAGAGGAAGUGGAGAGAGAAGAUCUGAAUUAGUGUGUCGAGUGAAGUACAACAAUACAUUACCUGAUAUUCCAUUUGAUCCCAAGUUUAUUACAUAUCCUUUUGAAACCAACAGAUUUAUUAACUACAAGCCAACUUCCCUGGAAAGAACUUACAAGUAUGACCUCCUUACAGAACAUGACCUUGGGGUCACCAUCGACCUUAUCAACCCUGACACCUACAAAAUUGACCCAGCAGACUACAAAGACCCAGAAGAUGAGCGUCUUCUGGAAGAAGAUCUGAAUACACCUGCAGAUUCUAAAAGAUCUCGACAUCACAAUGCAAAUGUAUCAUGGCUCCGAAAAACAGAAUACAUCUCCACCGAGUACAACAGAUUCACACAGAAGUCCGACAACUCAGAACGCAAAGUGGGCUUCAAGAUCAAGCAGAUAAUGAAGGAUGAGGACAUGUAUAAAGAUCGGGACAGUCAGAUUGCUGCCAUUGAAAAAACAUUCGCCAAGGCAAAGGAACCGAUCACAAAACACUACAGCAAGCCGGGAGUGGUCCCUGUGGACAUCCUACCAAUGUUCCCAGACUUUCCAUUGUGGAAGCACCCCUUUGCUCAAGUUAUCUUCGACUCAGAUCCAGCACCAAGAUCUGGUUCAGUGCCUGCUCAGAUGGAGGAAAUGUCUCAAGCCAUGAUCAGAGGAGCUAUAGAUGAGAGUGGUGAACAAUUUGUGGCCUAUUUCCUGCCGACAGAAGAAACUCUUGGCAAACGCAAGCGAGAUUCAGAGGAGGGCAUCGACUACAAUCCGGAGGAAGAGUAUGACUAUCUGCUGGCCAGACAGUACAACUGGAAUGUGAAGAACAAACUGUCGCGUGGUUAUGAGGAAACUUACUUCUUCGUCUUCAGGGAGGAUGGUGUUUACUAUGAUGAACUGGAAACAAGAGUGAGACUGAGUAAGAGGAGAAAGACAGCCGGUACUCAGGUGGCCAAGUCCAGACUUGUUGUGAAACAUAGGGAACUAACAGAGAAAGAAAUUGGAGCUCAGGAUGUACGGAUGAUGAUGCUGGAGCAGGCUCAGGACGAAGAGGAAGAGGAACAGCCAGAGGAGGCACAGAACUCAGGAUUGGAGGAUUUCCGAAGUGGCAGCGAGGCAGGAGACGCCAGCGGAGCCGAGGAUGACAAAGCUAGUAAUAGAUCCCGAGGAAGCAGCCGUAGUCGAAGUAGGUCAAGCAGUGGCAGUCGCAGUCGUAGUUCAAGCAGAAGUAGGAGUAGGAGUCGAAGUCGUAGCCGUAGCGGGUCACGCUCCAGGAGUGGCAGCGAACACAGUGGCAGUGAAAGUGAGAGUGAGGCUGAGAAUAUACAAGGCAAGAAGGACGAGGAAGAAAUCUUCGGCUCAUCCAGCAGUUCAGAGGAAGAUUAAUUACUUGUGCUUACAGUGGAAAAUACAGAGACUGAUCAUGGUUAGGGUUUUCCGCGUAGUUAUCAGUUUUGAUAAAGGGUGGGUUAGGGGUUAGUGGAGGGGGCU